GCAGUGUGGGACAAGCAGUCAAUCGAGUGUUUGCUGUGUAGUGUUUGGUUCUGUAUAACGCGCCUUGCGUUCGUGAUACAUUUUAUUAUAAUUACAUGCGUAGAAUACAGCCACUGCAGUCUUAAGUUAUCGCGCCGGCCUGCAGUGGAUACAAAUACAACAGCCGCCUUCAAGCUGCGAAAUACUCGUGCUCAGUUAGGCUAAAACCUUAGGAGUUAAUACCUCUUUCGCUUGUUUUAAGAGCGGGUCUUCUGCUCAGAGCGAAAGUAGGAGUGCUCACGCAGCACUGAAGGUACCAAGUUUUCAUUUCAGACGUUAAACAGACCUCUUCCGGGAAACUUUCAAAUUCGACAACAAAUUGCAUUUUUCCCGGUAAAAUCUAGAUCUAGGUCGCGUCAGAGAACGGCACAGGCUACCUGGUGGGAGACAGCCUCACGAUAGCUGACCUCAGUGUGCUGGAGGGACUCUUGACAUUAACAGAGUACUUUGGCAAAGAAAUAUUCGACGGAUUUCCAGCGCUAGAGAAAUUCUUCAACACGGUGACAUCCCUGGAGAAAAUAUCGGCUUAUCUCAACAGCCCUCGCAGGAAGAAGAAGAAUGAUGAGCACUGCAUCGCCAAAGUCAAAGAAAUUCUUGCCUUGGAUUGAAUUUGACAAUGAACUUUACCGAAAUUGAACUUGACUUUUAAUUGUUCCUUAUACCCGGUACUGUUACAAAUCAGAUUACAUGUUUAUGCGUCUGUUGUGCUCUGCUUCAUGUUGUGAAUAGUGACCAUCAUUUGUUUGUUGUUUGAAUUUACGCAAAUGAACCAUGUUUAAGUAAGAGUAAAAUAAAUGAAUAUUGUAGACCUAUUCUGUUUGUGCCAUGAUUUAUCCUCACAGGGUCACAUGGUAUUGGUAAAGAGAAAGGCAGGAAUUAUAAUAAUAUCGUACGCCAGAGUUGGGUUUUUUUUCCUACUGACUGAAGAGCUGUUCAUAUUUCUAAAAUGAAUGCUUUUAAUAAGAAAAAAAUGCUGGCAGUGGUUGAGAGAGUUGUCAGAAGUUAUUCAAUUUUUGGGUCAAACAUCAUUAUGUCUACUUUUCAUUGUGUUGCAGUUGUUGUUAUUGUUACCUCCCCCCCCCCCUCUCUUUUUGUUGAUGCUUCCAAAAUAAUGACCUUUCUUUAAUACUCUGAAUAAAAGUUGUUCGAAAAUAG